GGCCUUUAUGGCCCGUGCACGAGGACGUCACCGGGAUCCAAGCAUGAUUAUGGUAAUCAAUCUUGUCCACGCGAUCCUGGUGCUUUUCCGGGGAAAGCCGUUGUUCGCUGGUGCAUCUAUCUGUCCCUAACAUAACCACACUCGCCAUCAGCCGGAAUCACAGGCAUAUUCAAUACAUCCCUUGCCAGGCAAUAUUGUCUGCUCAUGCUAUGACAACGAAAACAGGCGCGGUCGUCUCUUCGAAGUGAACGAUCGUUGGAUCUCCCGAAGACACCGCUUGCUGUACUCUGAUUAUGCUGUCUGCUGUUUGAUUGAGCCCCGACCGAACAAGAUAAGACAUUGGCGUCUUUAACACAACUAUAUCCACGACGGAAACCUCUUACAGAUUUAACAGUGCCAUUACCUUCCACGAUGCAGGCGUCCGACAUCCGACUGCGCAAGGCUGCUUCUUCCCCGGAUCAGACACACCACGCCAAUGGGAUCCUGAGAAAAGACAAGGGAGCGGAGCAGCGGUUGAAACAUGGCAUUCCCAUGCAACUCUUGCGAACGCUUCUGCUCGCCACUUGGUUUAAUUGUUGCGCUGUCACCAUCGUCGCUACGCAGUUACUAGGCUCUCCGUUGUACCUGAUAAACAAGAAAUGGUUCUAUAACUACAUGGCGAUCACGAAGCAGAGCUUUGGCUUGGUGAUUACUGCCAUGACUGAGUGGGGAUGUCCAACACUUGUCCGUGUCAGUGGGGAUAAGAGUGUGAGAGGAGAGCUAAGUGUGGCUAAAGACGGGAGGUUGGAAUCGGGGUUCUCUGAGCGGCUCGUCCUGAUUGCCAAUCACCAAGUAUAUACCGACUGGCUCUACUUGUGGUGGUUCGCCUACACGAAUCGCAUGCACGGUCACAUCUUUAUCAUCUUGAAGGAGUCCCUCAAGUAUAUCCCCGUCAUCGGACAAGGCAUGAUGUUUUAUGGCUUCAUUUUCAUGGCCCGCAAAUGGCAGUCGGACAAGCCUCGACUGCAGCACCGUCUGGAGAAGCUGAAGACAAUGUGUUCAGGACCGAUGUCUGGAUCGCAGCCCUACGACCCUAUGUGGCUUCUCAUCUUCCCGGAGGGGACGAAUCUAUCCGCCAAUACGAAGAGAAGGAGUGAGGAAUAUGGCGCAAAAAACGGACUGCCUCUGUUCAAGCACGUUCUUCUGCCGCGUACCACGGGGCUCUUCUUUUGCCUCCAACAACUGAGGGGUACGGUUGAUUGGGUAUAUGACUGUACUGUAGGAUAUGAAGGACCACCAAAAGACAGUCUCCCCGAUAAGUAUCUGACUUUACGCUCGACUUACUUGCAGGGACGCCCUCCUAAGUCAGUCUGCAUGCACUGGAGGCGAUUCGCCGUGAGCGAAAUUCCUUUGGAUGACCAGAAAGAGUUUGAAGCCUGGCUCUUGGCUCGUUGGGCCGAGAAGGAUGAGCUACUUGAAGAGUUCUUUGAGACUGGCAAAUUCCCAACAGAGCUAGAAGGAUCUAUUUCCUGCCAUUCGACAGACGAAGACCAGAAAACUGCUGCAGCUCACGGAUAUGUAGAGACAGAUGUCAAAUUGGGCCAUUGGUCUGAAGUCGGACAUAUAUUCACGGUGCUUGUGGGCGCUGCGUUGCUCUUGAAAAUACCCAAGCUUCUGUUUAGAGGAGCGUAAAGAGCCAAAUGCUGGGUUCUUAUGUUUAUUUGAGCUUCCGAGUCACGCUCAUAAAUGUGGCAGCUGGGACGUUCUUGGAGUGAGCCUCGAGGCUUGACUACGACACACGAUUUGUUUAUUCGACUGACGAGCAACAUGCGGGGGUUUUCUAAAGGAGUCACAGAUAUACAGUAUCUAUUUCAAUUUUGCUGUAACAACCCUUGGGCUUUGACUUCUCAAUCGAUCAUUUAAUAAUUAUAAUAACCUACUCUAAAAAAGAGUCAGCUAGGCUGUAAACGCGGGCUGUGGCGUCU